AUGGCAGUUGAAACAAAAAUGAAAUUAAAUCCGGAGGAUUCACCAAACGACAAGGACUUCAAUGAUGCCCAGCCCGACUUCAGCGAUCCUGAGGAUUUUGUUGAUGACAUUGAUGAUGAAGAUUUAUUACCGGACAUACUAGCGCAAAAACCCCAGGAGACCGAUGGCAUUGAAUCAGUUAUUAUUGUUGAUGGAACACCACAAGUUGAGCCAGAGCGUUUUGAAAAAUUCAACAACUUGAUCAACAAACUUUUCUCUAAAUUUGGAACUAUUGUCAACAAACACUACCCCAAAAAUGAACAAGGAAUUACUAAAGGGUACAUAUUUUUGGAGUACACCAACAAAAUGAGUGCAGCAGCAGCUAUUAAAGCUCGAAACAACUAUAAAAUUGACAAGUUCCACACUUUUAAAGUGAACCACUUCACAGAUUUCAAAAAAUACGAGAAAAUCCCUGAAGAUUGGGAGCCACCAGCACCCCAACCGUACAACGCUGUUCAAGACUUGCAUUACAACUUACUCGAACCAGACGCGUACGAUCAGUUUGCUGUUCUUGCAGGCAACGGAUCGGCAGUAUUAAUCCAAGUAUGGCUAAACUCAGCACCGGAGCCGACUCUUAUUCAAGAACGUGCCCAAUGGACCGAAACUUACUUCAAGUGGUCACCAUUGGGAACUUACAUGGCAACAUUCCACUCUCAAGGAGUCGCUCUCUGGGGAGGCGCUAAAUUCGAUCGACUAGCUCGUUUUGGCCAGAUAGGCGUUGAAUGCAUUGAUUUCUCACCACGCGAACGUUACAUCGUAACUUUCUCACCGCGAAUGGACGGUGGAGCUGAUGCUAAACGUCUUGUCAUCUGGGAUAUCCUCACUGGACAAGAGAAGCGUUCAUUCGUCACCGACGGUAUGUCCACUUGGCCAAUCUUCCGUUGGUCUCACGAUGACAAGUACUUGGCUUGCAUGGGUGAAGACAUUCUCAGUGUCUACGAAACACCGUCAUUUGGUCUCUUGGAAAAGAAGAGUAUCAAGACACCCGCAAUCCGUGACUUCAGCUGGUCACCGACUGACAAUGUAAUCGCUUACUGGGUACCAGAGGACAAAGAUGUUCCUGCACGUGUAACUCUUCUAGAGAUACCUAGCCGUUCUGAGUUGAGAAACAAGAACUUAUUCAACGUCGCUGACUGCAAAAUUUUCUGGCAAAAAUCUGGAGAUUAUCUUUGCGUUAAAGUUGAUCGAUUCUCCAAAAAGAAGGAGAAAACUGAGCAAAAGUACACUGGAAUGUCGUACAAUUUUGAAAUUUUCCACAUGCGUGAAAAACAAAUCCCAGUCGACAGUGUUGAAAUGAAAGAACCAAUUCACGCAUUCGCUUGGGAACCAAUUGGAUCCAAGUUUGCAAUCAUCCAUGGUGAAGUUCCAAAUGUCAGCGUUAGUUUCUAUGAAGUACGUUGCGGACACCAGCCGGCUCUGCUCAAGAAGCUGGAAAAGAGAGCUUGCAACCAUUUGUUCUGGUCACCAGCGGGACAAUUCAUCGUUUUAGCUGGAAUGACUUCAAUGGCUGGUGCUCUGGAAUUUGUUGAUACUAAGGACUUCAGUAUUAUGAACACUACUGAUCAUUAUCAAGUUUCUGAUAUCGAGUGGGACCCCACUGGCAGAUAUGUUGUCACAGCUGUAUCAAGCUGGAAAACAAGUGUUGAUAACGCUUACUGGAUUUGGACAUUCCAAGGCCGUAUUCUCAAGCGCGUGAAUCUUAACGCGUUCAAUCAACUACUCUGGAGACCUCGCCCGCCCACUUUGUUGACUGCUGACCAGAUAAAGGAAAUUAAGAAAAAUCUCAAGAAGUACUCAUCUCAAUUCGAGAGCAAGGAUAAGAUGCGUAUGACUAAAGCUUCUAAGGAAGUUAUUGAUAAACGACGUGCUCUUAUGGAGGCAUUCAAUGAAUACCGUGAGAAGCGUAUUGAUGAAUGGAAGGGCCAGAAGAAGCGCCGUAUGGAUCUCCGUUGUUAUGUUGAUACUGACAGUCUUGAGUCGGAUACUAAGAAUGUCGAAGAAGAAGUUGUCGAAUUCUUCGUUAAAGAAGAAAUUAUACCGAUAGAUAAUUAAUAAUUGUAGCAAUAAAUUAAAUUGUGAAAACAAUGUAAAUAAUCUUAGGUUUUUGUUAUAAUUAGGCAGAUAUUUAAUACGCUUGAAAUUUAA